AUGGUUUCAAAUGUAAGUGACGUUACCGCGAGACGAGCGAGACGAGAAAGCGAUGCCACGAGACGAGAAAGCGUUACCGCGAGACGAGAAAGCGAUAACACGAGGCGAUAA